UAUGACGCAGAUACGCAGCGUGAAGCGUGAGUAUAAAAACGGAGGCGUCGGGGGGUUUGGAUCGCAGAGCAGUUUAGUCGUUCGUUGGAGGGUUUUCCUGUUCUUGGUGACUGCGGCUGUUGCUUGAACGCCGGUGCGGCGGUCGGAAAAACAACCUGCGACUUCAGCAUUGGGUAAAAGAAAAUGGCUCGAACCAAGCAGACUGCGCGUAAGUCCACUGGUGGGAAAGCCCCCCGAAAACAGCUGGCCACUAAAGCUGCCAGGAAAAGCGCUCCCUCUACCGGCGGGGUGAAGAAACCUCAUCGCUACAGGCCUGGAACCGUGGCGCUUCGAGAGAUUCGUCGCUACCAGAAAUCGACUGAGCUUCUCAUUCGGAAGCUACCUUUUCAGAGAUUGGUGAGAGAGAUUGCCCAGGAUUUCAAGACCGACUUGAGGUUUCAGAGUGCAGCUAUUGGUGCUCUGCAGGAGGCUAGUGAAGCAUACCUGGUGGGCUUAUUUGAAGAUACUAAUCUGUGUGCCAUUCACGCCAAGAGAGUCACCAUCAUGCCCAAAGACAUCCAGUUGGCCCGCCGGAUACGGGGAGAGAGAGCUUAAGUGAAGGCAAUUUUUAUGGUGUUUUGUAGUAAAUUCUGUAAAAUACUUUGGUUUAAUUUGUGACUUUUUUUGUAAGAAAUUGUUUAUAAUAUGUUGCAUUUGUACUUAAGUCAUUCCAUCUUUCACUCAGGAUGAAUGCGAAAAGUGACUGUUCCCAGACCUCAGUGAUGUGAGCACUGUUGCUCAGGAGUGACAAGUUGCUAAUAUGCAGAAGGGAUGGGUGAUAUUUCUUGCUUCUCAUGAUGCAUGUUUCUGUAUGUUAAUGACUUGUUGGGUAGCUAUUAAGGUACUAGAAUUGAUAAAUGUGUACAGGGUCCUUUUGCAAUAAAACUGGUUAUGACUUGAUCCAAGUGUUUAACAAUUGGGGCUGUUAAGUCUCACCAUACAUCACUGUGAUAGAAUGUGGGCUUUUUCAAGGGUGAAGAUACAAGUCUUAACCACAGUGUAACUUGCAGUUUCCUAAAAAAGAAAAAAAAAUAAACCUGGCAGCUAUAGAAUACACUAUGUGCAUUUAUAAUAGCUAUUUUAUAUAUUGUAGUGUCAACAUUUUUAAAUUAAAUGUUUUACAUUCACAAGUGGUGGGGAGUCUUGUCAUUAAGGUGUGUGUAAUUUAGAGUCCAGUUGGUUUUCUCCUAACUAGACUGCUCUUGUUUUCUAUAUAGUAGUAAAAUGCUAUGUGUAUACCUUGCAUAAGUCCUCAUUCUACCACAUUAACCCUCUAGCUGAUAUUGCGGACACUAACUGGGGGAUUUUGUUUAUAAGGGCUCUAGAAUAACAAGUUACUCACACCAGCAUCAUCUGUUACUAAUAUUCUAGUUCAGCUUUUCAUUGUGUUGUGGUUGGUUGCAUAAUUAGGUUUUUCUGAUCCUUCUGAGAGGAAAACAAUACCAAGGUUCAUUUUUUUUUUUCCUUGUGGAGUUAGUGUGAACUUGCUAUGGGAGAGGAGGAGCAUACUGCUUCAGUGUAUUGGACCUCUGCCAGUUAAGAUGGUGUUGGGUUAGGUCACAUCUGGUUACUGUCCUGGGAAAAAUCCCUUUUAUAGAGCUAGCCUUCCAAGGGGUUUUUUAAUUCAUCAUAUUUGAAGUUUUUAGGUCGAUUAUGUAUGUUGACUAAAUUUACAAAUAAAACUUCUUUAUUCAACAAAGUGUCAAAAACCUAAAUUGAAUGUACAAAGCUUUAAUACAUUCAUUAUGUAGGUUCUAUAUAUUCUAAUGUUUGAGUAGAGGUUAUUUCAGCUUUUGUGUGGUAGACAAAAGAACCAUUUACUUUUAAAAAAUCAAGCAUGUAAACAGAAAUGUGAUGAGCUCUAGGGUGUAGCCCUGUGGUAGUGCUUGCUCAGCAUGCAGAAGGCUGUGAUGCUGCUACAUUUGCAGUGGGCUUAUGACAAAAUGUACAGUAUUAGUGUCGUACCCCCCCCCCGUAGUGUUAAGCAGCUAGGAGAAAAAUUUAAGGUCUCAGGUUAAAAUAUAAGGUCGGUAUUAUGCACCUGAGCUUGGAGCCUUGGAAAUUUUUACACAAAUUAACACAGGCCUGUAGAUGUUGAAUUUAUACUUGGAACAUGAUGAAUAUAAGGAGUACCAGAUACCAAAACUUCACCUCCAUAGCUAUGAAACUGAAUUCUUGCCCUAAAAGUUUCAUAUUCAAGGUGCUUAAAAGGUGAGACAGGAGGUGAUGAGCAUCUAUGUGAGGUGUUGCAGGUGGGAUCCAGUUCAUAGAAGGUCGGUUAGAAUCAUCCAGAAUACACUUGGCAGAGAAUUUCCCUAAGUUGUGUGCUUUGAACAAGAUUGAAAUUCUAUGUACUUGGGAUGUACCAUGAGUCUGACAGUAUCUUAGGAACAGCUGUGCGAUUAGUGUUAACUACUGGUAACAAAAGUGGGAGAUGCUACUGGAUGUAUACUCUCCAUCUGCAGCCCAGAAGCUGCUUAAAUAGUGCAACAUAGGGUACCACACUUCCCUUGUACACUUAACCCAGAAGACAAAUAUCUUUUGGUUCUAGGAAGCUGUCCAUACAGGAUAUUCCUGGGUAAGGGCAAUGGACCGGAGUCUGUGAGAAGGAAAGUAAGAGAUGGAGCUGAUGAAGGUAUCCUGUGCCCUUGAUGGAUGAGACAAUAAAGUUUAUGAAGUUUUGAGAUUUU